AAAGAAAAGGAACAAUACAAGAUCUGAAACCAACAAGGCAAAGUCUGCCCCCACUACAACAAAAAGGACAAACAUAUAAAGGCUUACAGAAACUACACCCUAAACAAAACAAAAAAGGCAGGCAGCCUAAAAAACACAAAGGCAACACCUGCAGAAGCCAAAAAGCCUUGCUGCAGCAGCACAACACAGCACCAAAAAACCACCAAAAGGAAAACUAGCGCAGUAAGCAAUCUCCGGGAUCCCAUGUCCAUUCAUAAUACAUACAAGGAGGUACUUUUCUCUCUCUACUAUUAAAAUACAUUAAUACAUUAAUUAUGAAUUCAAAUUUAUGAAUGCAAAUGAACAGAAAACUACCAAAAGUGCUGCCAACCACAUGAAACAAAGAAAAAAAAAAACUGAUGGUAGGUAGGUAAAGGUAAGUGGAUCUAGAUUCCCUUAUAUAAGCUAGUGAAUGAAAUUGUUUGUUUUGUGGUGUGUUUUGUUAUGUCUGUACUGGUUUUAAUUGUUUGUUUUGUGGUGUGUUAUGUUACGUGUACUGGUUGUAUUGUUAUAGGUUACAAGAAAAAAUCAUGAAAAAAAAUACGGGAGAGAGAGAAGAUAAAAUUUAACUCAAUGAGAAAAUACUGAUACUGCUGUAUGGAGUUUGUCGGUGAUACUCAUACUACUGUAUGGAGUUUGUCGGUGCUAGUGAACAAAAUUGUUUGUUUUGUGGUGUUUUUGUUAUGUUUGGUGUACUGGUCGUAAAGUACUGAUACUGCUGUUGUAUGAAGUUUGUCAUUGCUAAUGAAUGAAAUUGUUUAUUUUGUGGUGGUUUGCGAUGUUUGGUGUAUUGGUUGUACCGGCUUCACUGUUACAAGUUAUGAGAAAAAAUAGGAGAGAGAAAAAAUUAACUUGAGUUUUGAAAACUCCCACAAAAUAAUUGCUCAAACUCAUCAUGUGCAGGUGCCACAUCAUUUAUGAAAAUCAGUAAUGUGAGUAAAUAAUUUUUUUCUUCUCUCUCUACUAUUAAAAUACAUUAAUUCUGAAUUCAAAUUUGUGAAUGCAAAUGAACAGAAAACUACCGAAAGUGAUGCCAACCACAUGAAACAAAGAAAAAAAAAAACACUGAUGGUAGGUAGGUAAAGGUAAGUGGAUCUAGAUUCCCUUAAUUAGAAGGAAAAUCAAAAUAUCAAAACUCAAUUUAAAGCAUAGAAAACGAUAUAUAUAAGCUAUAUAUACUUACCACUUAAGUAUAUAGUAUUUAUUUAUGUACAACCGUUUUGCCUCUAUAAAAAGUAAAAGAAGAUACAAGAAAACUUAUAGCUUUUCUCAUUCCAUAUUUUGCUUCUAAUAAUAACCAUUUUUUGCAAAACAAGUUUCUAGGAGAUUAUGGAUUAUCAGUAUAUUCUUGGAGGAAUUCUUCUCGCUUCUAGUUUAGCAUUUGUGUUUGUUUUGUAUGGUUUUGGAGUAAAGAAGAAGGUAAGUACAGAAAGUGGUUCAAGUUCUAUAGAUGCAAAGAUAUCAUCAGAAAAUGGAAUAUGUUUACAAGAAGUUGAAGGAGAAACAGAUAUUAUUAUUGUAGGUGCUGGUGUUGCUGGUGCUGCUCUUGCUUAUACACUUGGAAAGGAUGGACGGCGAGUACAUGUGAUUGAAAGAGACUUAAGUGAACCUGAUAGGAUUGUGGGUGAAUUGCUACAACCUGGUGGCUAUCUAAAAUUACUUGAGUUGGGUCUUGAGGAUUGUGUGGAUGAAAUUGAUGCUCAAAGGGUAUUUGGUUAUGCACUUUACAAGGAUGGUAAAAAUACAAAGCUAUCUUAUCCCUUGGAAAAUUUUAACUCUGAUGUAUCGGGAAGAAGCUUUCACAACGGUCGUUUCAUACAAAGAAUGCGAGAAAAGGCCUCAUCUCUUCCAAAUGUAAAAUUAGAGCAAGGGACAGUUACAUCUUUACUCGAAGAAAAUGGAACCAUCAAAGGAGUGAACUACAAAACUAAAAGUGGAGAAGUGUUCACGGAAAAGGCUCCUCUCACCAUAGUAUGUGAUGGUUGUUUUUCCAACUUGCGACGUUCUCUUUGUGAUCCUAAGGUCGAAGUUCCCUCUCAUUUUGUUGGAUUGGUGUUGGAGAAUUGUAAUCUUCCAUAUGCAAACCAUGGACAUGUUAUCUUGGGAGAUCCUUCACCAAUUUUGUUUUACCCUAUAAGUAGUACCGAGAUUCGAUGUUUGGUUGAUGUGCCCGGCCAAAAACUACCUUCCCUUGGUAAUGGUGACAUGGCACAUUUUUUGAAAACAGUGGUAGCUCCUCAGGUUCCUCCAGAGUUGUAUGCUUCUUUUAUAGCAACAAUUGAUAAAGGAAACAUAAGAAGCAUGCCAAAUAAAAGCAUGCCUGCCUCACCUUAUCCCACACCCGGAGCGCUUCUGAUGGGAGACGCCUUCAAUAUGCGUCACCCUUUAACUGGAGGAGGAAUGACCGUGGCUUUGUCUGACAUUGUUGUGCUCAGGAAUCUACUUAAGCCUCUACAUAAUCUGCAUGAUGCUUCUGCUCUUUGCAAUUACCUCGAGUCAUUCUACACUCUAAGAAAGCCAGUGGCAUCUACAAUAAACACAUUAGCAGGUGCAUUAUACAAAGUGUUUUGUGCAUCUCCUGAUCCAGCUAGCAUUGAAAUGCGCCAAGCAUGUUUUGAUUAUUUGAGCCUUGGAGGCGUUUUCUCAAAUGGACCAAUAGCUCUACUCUCCGGUCUAAAUCCUCGUCCACUGAGCUUGGUUCUCCAUUUCUUCGCAGUGGCAAUAUACGGUGUUGGCCGUCUGUUGAUACCAUUUCCUUCUCCUAAAAGAAUGUGGAUCGGAGCUAGAUUGAUUUCCGGUGCAUCAGGUAUCAUUUUUCCUAUUAUCAAAGCUGAAGGAGUGAGACAAAAGUUUUUUCCAGCAAGUGUGCCAGCAUACUACAGAAUGCCUCCUGUCCAUUAACAUAUUGUAUGGAGUAUAUCUACAUGUGUCCCACUUAUUGCCAAAACGGUUGAGAGGAUGGAGUCUGUUCUAUAAUUAGGAAAAUGAUGUGCAACUGCAAUCUGUAUUAUUGUACUAUAUAAUUUUUGAAGGAUUGUUUUUGAAUAUUGGACAUAAGAAAUUACAAAACUAAAUUGAAAAAGUGUUAUGAUUUAUCUUCAUUGUAAGUUCAGGAUUUUCUUUUUCUGUGUUACUAGUAUAUAGCAAUGUAGUAAGCAUCUCAGUUAUAUGAGAGAACAAUGAAUUCUUGUCUCUUUCAUCUUUUUGGGUGUAUACAGUAUAUAAUAUUUAGAAUUGAUUGUCA